GCUUCCUACUUAGAUCUCCACUUCUCUCUCUUCUGGUAGGCUUAGAUCCUCUCUUUCAAACAAUAUAAACUUUGAAAGAUUUUAUAACAUAACACGUCAGCUGUCAGUCACUACGUGGACCAAGACUUUCCUCUCUCUCUCUCUCGUUGUAAAUAGAACGAGGGGAGGAGAGGAGACGAGAGGAGGUUAUUUAUUGCCCGGAUCCUGAGGCUCGGUCCAGGUCCGUGAGAGAUACGCCAGAGAUUGAGAGAUUUGAGAGAGAGAGAGAGAGGAGGGGGUGAAAGAAAUCCGGUGGCGCUGCAUUCAUUCAGAAUAUCGGAAGCAAAUCCGCCGCCGGCCCCCCUCCGCCGUCCGAUCGAGAUUCGGAUCCCAACCCACGGCCAGAUUUCGUGCAUCGAAUCGCCUCCGCUCACCGAAUCUUCGAAGGCGCGCUCGGAUUCGGAGAUCCCCUCCCCGCUUCUUGUAUAAGUAGUAAGACGGUGGGGUGGUGCAGACUGGACGGAGAGAGCGAGCGGCGUUUCGAAUUUUAUUAUAAUAUUACUAUUCUAGAGAGAGAGAGAGAGAGAAGGAGGAGGAGAGGGGAUGGCGAUGGAAAGAGGGUGUAAGAGCACAGGCGGAGAGCCGCAUGUUCUCGCCGUCGAUGAUAGCUCCGUCGACCGUGCCGUCAUCGCCAAUGUUCUCCGAAGUUCUAAAUACCGAGUGACGGCUGUGGAUAGCGGGAAGAGAGCUCUGGAGCUCCUGGGCUUGGAGCGGGAUGUGAAUAUGAUAAUCACGGACUACUGGAUGCCGGAGAUGACAGGGUACGAGCUUCUGAAGAGAGUCAAGGAAUCGUCUGAGCUUAAGCAGAUCCCGGUCGUUAUUAUGUCCUCGGAGAACGUUCCAAAUCGGAUUAGCAGGUGUUUGGAAGAGGGAGCAGAGGAUUUUUUGCUGAAGCCCAUCCAGCCGUCGGAUGUGUCGCGCCUGUGCAGCAGGUUCUUGCGAUGAGGACCAUUGGAUCUGUGAUCUCCUCCAAUGGAUAGACCCCAUUGAGGGUAGGAUUGUCUUCUUUGUAUGGUGAAAUGAUCAAUUAAAUCAAAGGCCGCCGUUGUAAUAGACCGUUGAAAUAUGAACAUUUUAAGCGUGGUAUGCUCAUAGCA